AUGGAAACCCUGUCUGAAACCCCGCAAAUUGUUUUGAAGAAAGUGAGGAGCCUUUUUCAGAACAUGGCAUCUACCAAGGAUUUCACUCACGACAACGCCAAACAAAACCUGAUCACUUCCGUCGACAAUAGCGCAAUCAGUGGAGCCACUUAUAAAGCCUACAACAAUCUGAUUUCCUUUUACAAUCAGCCUGACGUGGAUGUAGCAGAAGUGGUUACAUCAGACUGGGAAUCCUCGAUCAAUGCCUUUCUGGACGCGGUCAUGAGCACUGCGGUUAUGCAGAGUGCUCAACAAUUCCUGACAAAACAAGGUACCGUAUCGGAUAAUGUGUCGUUCAAAACACUUCUUCAUUCACUGUGGUUCACCCAGUACGCGAGAGACACUGCAGUUGGUAGCUCAGGAUUCGAAUCUGUUUUCUCUGGAGAGAUUCAAGGCGGUGACGUCAUUCGUUUCAACAACUGGUUCCGAUUUUAUCAGUUAGAAACUUCCGGCAACGUCAACUAUCAUGGAUGGUUCACCAAACAAGCAGUUCGUUUUGAUUUUGUAAUACAUUUCAGAAGGAAAAAUAAUUAA